AUGCCCAUAUCAAAGGAAGCCGAGUUAUUUGAACAGGCUAAUCUAGAAGAUGUUGGACCUCAACCAGAGUUGUCACCAAGGGUCCGGCGGCUCAGCUUAAAAGAGGAAGAACAAAAAAUUGCAGAGAUUGGCCAAUUCGUAAGAAGCUUAGAUGAUGAGAAAGUACAGGAUAGUGAUAUAACACAUUCAGGCGCAAGCAUUGAUAGACAGAAAAUGGUGGAAUACGAUGAAGAUGAAGAUGUUCAGGCUUUAGAUAUAGAUGGCCUGUCGAAUGCCAAAUCUAUCCCUUCUAGCGCCUCUGAGAGCUUCGAAGCUCAACACAGCAUUCUAGGUCAUAAUACUAUAGUCACACCUCAGCCUGAACUCAUAUUUAGUUUUGAUCACUAUCAAGGUUUGAAAUCAGAAGUACAAGAUUGGUUCUUCCAAAGAGAUAUCGCCAAUUUAGGAAAGAUCCAGAAGAUCUUCAGUCAGUUUAUGCUGGAAAUUGGAAUUAAUCAGAGCUUUAAAUCAUUACGAAAGACAGAGAAGAUUCGGGUAGUCGAACAUCUGAAAUCAUACCUAGCCAGAAAUUAUUCAGUUCUUAGACCCUUGAUAUGCAUAUCGUACCUUUCCAUGGGUCAUUAUGGUGACAUAACUUGUACGUCCAACCAGUUGGAACACAUUAGAUAUAUCAACACAGUCAUUUUCUCUCCUAAGAAUAACAUUAUUGAACUUAUCGCAGGGUUGAUAAAGAAGAAGAUAAAAUUCCUUUUGGAACAAGCUAUCAUUGAGCGCACUAAUGCAGCACAAAUAUCCAUUGCAUCCCAUGAGCUUUACUACUCAUUUACGAUCCUCUAUCUUCACCUUUCUGUAAUAUUGGACUCACAAGACAGGAAUCUUAAGGUAACGUUAUCUGAGAUCAUCUACAAAACACGAUUAUUGCAGUUCCUUGUACAAUAUCUUGACAAAUGGAAAUGGUUAUGUAACGAAAAUGACGAGAGAGCUGAAUCUUCAAACAAAUUGGUUCAUAUCAAACAAAGCCUACAAAUUCGUAAUUAUGUUAUGGUUAUUAAUAAGCUCUUGCUGGUCGAAUUUGGUACAAUGGAAGAGUACAGACUUAUCAAAGAAUUUUUGAAGUUAAAGCACGAGAAUACCAUUCAAGUACAAGAUUCCAAGAACCGAAGCAUAACACCCCUGGAGUAUUACCAUUACAGCAAAGAAUUUAUUCAUAGAUAUGCUUUAUAUCAACCACUGGAGGAACACUACCUUCCUGAGGUUGUUCAGGCAACGAUCGAUGUCCAAGAGUCUGUUUUGUCUAGAUCGAGUAGUAACCAUUCUAUAAGUUCACUUUUGGUUACUGAUUUUCUUGAAUCCAAGACAAGAUCUGUUUCAAGUAGCAACCAAGUGCCUGAAGUUCACAUUGUCACUCCUGCUCCAUCUCCCAAACUUGCUCCCCAGCAUGAUAACAUGCUUGGCAAGAAAGACAGAAGAAUGUUCACAGCAAAUCCCUCAUUCCCAAAUGUAUACCCCUACACUGACGUUCCUUACAGCAUUAAACAAGCAGACACAAUAUUUCAUAACCAUAUCAAAGAGGGAUUUCACUUCAAGCAAUUCAUGUCAUCUUUCGAUCAAUACAUAAAAAAAGAGAAUCGCUUAAAUGCAGAACAUCCACAGGACCCCGUAAGAGAAGAACUGCCUAAUAGUUUUCUCUACAACGAUGAAGACAAAAUGAAGUAUCCCACGUAUAUCCACCAGAUUGAAGUCCUGCAGCGCAUAGAGAGCUUUUACAAGGAAUGUCUUCCCAGCCUCUCAUCUCUAGUCUCGGUUUACUGUCAGAUUUUGGACUCAAAUAUAUACAGAAAGAGGCACAUCGAUGGAAGCUCUGUAAACACUUUACGAAAACUUUCCAUUUGGAAGGCUAAAGAAAUAACACUCAAGUCAAUUUCUUCAACCGUGUUUCUCCUUCUGAAAUUUCUCAAAGCUUCUCAUGUUUUGAAAUUUGAGUACCUAUCAAUGUUGUUAUUUGACAAUGAUUUCCACUCUUACUUUAUUGAUUACCUCGGAAUUGAUUUAGAACAGUGUCAAAUAAGAAAGGGCUCGGAUAGUGUAGACUCAAGCACCAUUUAUGAUUUUUCCUUUUUAGUCAACUGUGAAUACGGUAAGCUGGACUGCCAGCAAGAACAUAGUUUUUACCUCAAGUGUUUGAGCCUUUCAGAUACUGUUAAUCAAGAUCUAGUGACUACGGAACACAGCGAAAACAUUGCAUCUAUGGACAAUCCUAGUAAUAGAAAACCCGGCCCCUUUGAUACCGACUUUGAUUUUUUAUUAGAUUUGCCCGCCCACAGAAUUGAUAGAAGGAAGUUCAAAGUCAUCAAUGAGCGGUAUACAUUGAUUAUCGCCAAUUUGCUGAAAACGCGUUACCUGGUCAUAAGUAAAGACAAGAUGCAAAGAAUGUACAAGCUUUUGGAUGAAAAGAAUACAGAGAUCAUGAGAUUCUAUCUUUCGUUUUACAACAUAAAUCUCUACAAGCCCAUCCUCAAAAUCAUAAAAACCCUUACCCCAUAUAAUGGGAAGAAAUGGAAGUCUAAUAAUAUGGAUUUAAUAUCCUACGUUUAUCUUUAUUACAAGAUCCAACUACGAGAUAGCUGGUUAAACCCAAUAAACCUUUCAAUUUUAACUCCGGAGGAAAGAUACAACGCCAGUGUUGGACAGGAGUAUGCUCUGAGAGCUCUGAUUCAAUUCUAUAACUCUGAACACUACUCAGCAGACUUGAGUCACAUGGGUUAG